ACUCCAUCAUUUUAUCUGUUUGAGUGUGAUUGAACACAAAUCUGCCCGUCCUCCCAAGUCUCACGCUCAGGAUGACUUCUCAUCAGCCCAAGCCCUUUGUCAUGGCACCCAUGUCCAACCAGUGGAGCUCUGGAAUCUGUGACUGCUGUCAGAAUGUACCAGAGUGUUGCUUCUCAUUUUGGUGCUUUCCCUGUUUUGCCUGUGCGACGGCUCGUAAGCACGGCGAGUGUCUGUGUCUGCCUUUGCUCGACAGCUUUGGAUGCAUUCCUCCAAUAACAAUGGCCAUGCGGGUAUCAGUGCGCAAUCGCUAUGGAAUCAAGGGAACUAUCUUUAACGAUUGCCUUUAUUCCACCUUCUGUGGUGUCUGCGCUUGGUGUCAGAUGUCUCGAGAAAUGAACGUCCGUGAAUGAAAUGUCAACAUCGUCCACAAUCAAGCAAAAUAAAGGCGACUGGCAACCAACAACUUCCUUGUUCCUCAGUAUUCUGUACUAGGUACAAAGUAUGUCACCUGGUUGUUCUCGGUAACAUUAGAUGUGCACCAUUGUUUUUUGUUCCAUUCAAUAAAAAACAGGUUUAUGUUCGUCUGUCAUGUAUGCAUUUUAGUAUCCGUUAUAAAAUCUUUCUACUUUGUACAGCUACUAUGUAAAAAAUUACUUUAAAAUUGUGUUUAUUAACCAAGGUCUGUAUCAAAGUUUCCACUUCAGCAGAUUUAUUUUAGAAUAGCCACAUCAUUCAAAAGGGUAUACUGUAGAGGAAAACAAAUCAUGCACAAUUGUUACUGCACCAUUUGGGGUGAUCACAUCUGGUUUUCUGCAAUAAAAUGGGAGAAGGUGUGACAGCAUACAGACCGUAACUGUUACAACAGGAAAAACUUCAUUUACAUACGGUAAACUUCUUAAAUAUUUGAGUUGAGGAUGUUAGGGCUUCAGUUGUGCUUCAUGUACUUUGUAACUAUUAUUCUGCAAUAAAACUUCACCAUCUUCAUCAA